GCGAGAGAAAAUGAUGAUAAAUGUCAUGAUGGAAGUGAAAUUGAUCCUAAUGUGGACGGUUUUUUAGAAGAGAUAAUGAUUAAAAAUUCAUUACCAUGGAUUCCAUUUAAUGAGCUGGAAAAUGUAAAAACUAUUUUUACAGAUCUGGUCAUAACCUUACAAUCAGCUGAGUGGACAUAUUCGCAUGAAUCAGGGCCAUGA